AUGGCGACCAGCGGUCCCGCUGUCGGGCAGGAAAAUAUCAACACAGACAUCGUCACCCUCACAAGAUUCCUGACGGAAGAGCAGACCAACUACCCCGAAGCCACCGGUGAUUUCACUCUACUGUGCCAUGCCCUGCAAUUCGCAUUCAAGUCAAUCGCCUACUAUAUCCGUCGGGCCACCCUCAUCAACCUCACAGGACUAGCCGGAUCGUCCAACACGACGGGCGACGACCAAAAGAAACUAGACGUGAUUGGAAAUGACGUGUUCAUCUCCGCCAUGAGAGGCUCUGGCAAGGUACGCAUCCUCGUCUCCGAAGAAGAAGAAGAAGCCAUCAUCUUCGACGAGCACCCCAACGCGCGCUAUGCCGUCGUGUGCGACCCCAUUGACGGAUCCUCUAACCUCGACGCCGGAGUCUCCGUCGGCACCAUCUUCGGCAUCUUCAGACUGCCCGAUGAAAUCCUGGGCCCCAACAAGACCGUCUCAGGCAAGGACCUACUGCGCGACGGCACCGAGCUAGUUGCCUCCGGCUUCACCAUGUACGGCGCUUCGGCUCAGCUCGUCAUCACCAUGCGCGGCGGCUCUGUCAAUGGCUUCACCAUGGAGAACUCGCUCGGAGAAUUCAUCCUCACGCACCCCAAGAUGCAGCUCCCGCCCAAGCGCGCCAUUUACUCCGUCAACGAGGGAAAUAGCCUCUACUGGGAUGACUGGGUGAACGAGUAUUUCCACUCGCUGAAAUUCCCCGCGGAGGGCGGCAAGCCCUACAGCGCUCGUUACAUUGGUAGUAUGGUUGCGGAUGCGUAUCGUACUCUUCUGUACGGCGGUAUCUUUGCCUACCCGGCGGACAAGAAGAGCCCCAAGGGCAAGCUGCGUAUUCUCUACGAGUGUGCCCCCAUGGCCAUGGUGUUUGAGAAUGCGGGCGGUCUCGCUGUCAACUCCCGCGCUGAGCGAUUACUUACCGUCCUCCCUGAACACAUUCAUGACCGCAGUGGUGUUUUCCUUGGUUCGAGGGAAGAAGUACAAAAGGCCAUUGAUGUAUAUAACAAGCAUCACAAGAAAUAG